GAUAACAUGGUCAACCAUUUUGUAUUGUUAAGUUUUCUAACACAGUGUCAGGUUGUGUUUAAAGUGGAAAUGGAUACACUCAUUUCCGUUUUUUUAAUCUCCUUUGUUUUAUCUGUGGCGAACUGUGACAAUGCUACAACCCCGGUUCCGGUUCCUGCAAAAGUGAUUCCUUGGAAUGAAACCGAAAUUUGCAGGAAAUGUGUGUGUAAAGACGCAAAGGUCGAUUGCUUCGAUCAAAGCCUUACGGUGUUCUUCAAAAAAGAUGAAUGGGCUAAUUUAAAGGAAUUUAAACCCACAACAGUUGAUCUUAGCGAAAAUGCGAUCACUAAUGUAACUGUCAUGGCGGAGCUACCCGUCAAAGUGCUGAACUUAUCUCGGUGCUCAAUAGAGUUUAUAGAGAAUGCUAGCUUCAGAGAUCUGCAACAGAUGGAGGUUUUGGAUCUAAGUCAUAACAAACUGACAACCGAUAAACUGAGUCCGCAUGCUUUCGAGGGUCGAUACUUACCAGAGGAGUACGAACCACUCGCCUCCAUGCGGACCCUGAACUUAGCCUACAACGACCUCCACUCCCUCAAUCAGGAUCUUUUCGAACAUCUCCCAGAGCUGACCGAGUUAGAUCUGAGUGGAAAUCCUCUCACCACGAUAGAUCAUGUCACCCUCAUCGCAAUAUCGAGUCUGCCAAUGUUGAAGGUUCUCCGUAUGAGGUCUUGCGAGCUCACAGAAAUCCCAGACAAGUUUCUGCACACACCCCGGUUCCUGGAGCGUCUGGACAUCAGCGAUAACAAGCUUACUUCCAUCCCCCAGGAGUUGGAUGAGACAAAGAACUUGAAGUUCCUGAACUUGAAUCAGAAUCCUAUCGUCAAGCUCGAUAUGUCUUCAGAGGAUUAUCCGGGAUUCCCCCGUCUCCGCAAGCUGCAAGAGCUACACAUGUGCAAUAUGCAGUCCUUGAAAAGUAUUGGCGCAGGCGCACUCGCGGGAUUGGAGAACUUGCAAACACUCCACCUGAGCUUCAACCCCAAACUAUCCUUCAUCGAUCCGAAGGCUUUGGCGAGACCUGACGACAUUGGUGAAACUUAUGACUGGCCGCUUGUCAAGGAGCUCUACCUCCAAUCAAACAAUCUCUCAGAGGUCGAUUCUCGGCUCCUAUCCCGUUGGGACCUCUUAAGCAAAGUGGACGUCUCCAACAAUCCCUUCCUCUGCGACUGCAGCACUCAGUGGAUGGUCGACAUGCUGGUACCACUGGUGGAAGCUAAAGCCAACAAUGCUUCUGAGAAAAUGGUGUGUGAGGAGCCCGUGGAGAUGAAGGGCUACACCAUGAAACAUUUACACGACAUCCAUCGCACGAUGCGCUGCGUAGACAAGUACGGCAACAGGCCAGAGAGAGACGGCGCUAUUCUUCUAGGAACUCUUAUCGGCGUGCUGCUGGCGGUGCCCAUCAUGCUGUCGCUGCUGCUGCUGUGGCGGCGCGGGCUGUGCGCGUGGCUCGGCCUGCGCGCGCCGGCCGACGCGUCGCGCGCGUUCUACAAGCGCGCGCCCGCCGACGACAACUACAUAUAGACGGAUUCUUUUAAG